CAGGUAUUCUGUAUCUUUUCUCCUAGAGAUUUGUCCAACACUUAUCGCACUGUGGACUUCACUUUUGCCCUAUCGAAAUAUGCCUCCGACAGUCUCUGAGUAUGAUCAAGUCAUGAGAAUGCCGCUCUUUACACCGAGGAUGUGACUGCUCGACAAGUACUCCAUACAGCCACCUUUUGCGCCCCUCUUCCCUGGACGCCAAGUGAGAUGAUGAUCGAAUUGGCUGCUUAUUGAGCCUGAAAACUUCGACCGAACCGCAUCCUGGGGCCGGCAAUCAGUCCUUCCGUGCCUUUUUUCUGUGGAUCGACAUCGUCCCUCGAGGCGCAUUAUUUUCGCCCUUGCUGAGUUAUCCACGGGUGCUUCGGCUUUAGGCGACGCCCCAAUACCUCAUCGAUAUCCCCCAGACGGAUACAGUGAUCUUUUUUCCAGCUCAUCACGUAGGCCUUCUAUAUGCGACGCUGCGUCUGUCGGCCUCUGUCUGUCCGGCCAGCUCUUUUCUCUUCCUUACAGCCCUUGCGAACGGGCGCUCAACGAACCAGACUAUAUACACCUGGCCCUCAGCGCAAUACUAAGUCUUCAACCUCUCAGCAAGCCUCUUGGUGUCAACGUAGGACCCCCCACAAUCGCGAGCCUUCCACACGACCUCUUCUCGCCUCUGCCCCGUCUUCUUACCUGCUCCUCUUCGGCCUCAUCUUCAGCGGUGGCAUAGCUCUUGAUUACUUUGUGCGCAAUACUCAAAACUCGGCACGCGACCCUGGUAACGGUGACGUUCCACCUCGCCGUUUAGACAAGCCCGCCGGAGACGAAUUCGACCCUUUCUACACAGAUAUGCCUAUUCCCCCAGGGCAUCACGGCAAUCUGACGCCAGAACAAGAAACUAAACUGCGGGAGUUGUGGGCUGCAACGCUGAAAGUAUUUGGAGUCGAGGAGCCCCACCAGCUCGCUGGUACAGAUACACCUGGGACCGAACUAGAGCCAAGUGCGACAGAAGCAGAUGGCAAAGACAAGAAGAAGAGUAAGAAACGACUUGGUGUCUUCAAGAGACAUGGUGACAAGAAAGACUCGAGCAACGGUUCAGCGACACCGAACAGAGAUCACGCCGAUGACGACAAGUACGGCCAGGUGAAAGAUUUCCACGAGAUCCUGGCCACUCAAGAUCCCGAACUAUUACGCGCGACCUUUUGGAGCAUGGUAAAAGCAGACCAUCCGGACGCCCUGUUGUUACGGUUUCUCCGGGCGAGAAAAUGGGAUGUCGAUAAGGCUUUGGUGAUGUUGAUUUCUACAAUGCGAUGGAGAAGUCAGGAACAGCAUGUCGAUGAUGAUGUGGUGUUGCGUGGGGAGGGAGGAGCCCUCGAGGACUCAUCGUCUAGCGAUCCCGCCGUCAAACGGGAGGGCGUUGAUUUUCUCACUCAGCUACGGUUGGGGAAGAGCUUUCUUCACGGAACAGACAAAGAAGGUCGACCAAUAUGUUUUGUUCGCGUUAGGCUGCAUAGAGGUGGAGAGCAAACUGAAAGAGCUUUAGAACGAUAUACGGUUUAUGUGAUUGAAACUGCUAGACUGGCUUUACGACCGCCGGUGGAAACUGCUUGCAUUCUUUUCGAUAUGAGCAAUUUCACCAUGGCGAAUAUGGAUUAUACCCCGGUUAAGUUCAUGAUCAAGAUUUUCGAGGCAAACUACCCCGAGUCACUUGGGGCGGUACUGGUACACAAGGCACCUUGGCUAUUUCAGGGGAUUUGGAAAAUAAUACGAGGAUGGCUUGAUCCGGUAGUAGCGGGGAAAGUCCAUUUUACUUCUGAUGUGUCGGAUCUAGAAAAGUUCAUUCCCAAGUCUCGGAUCAUCAAGGAGCUCGACGGAGAUGAGGAUUGGGAAUACAAGUACGUGGAGCCAGUCCCUGGCGAGAAUGACGCGAUGAAAGAAGAAGCUCCCCGGAAAGAAUUACAAGAGAAAAGGGAGGUCGAAGUUCAGGAGUACCAGAAGAAAACAUUUGACUGGAUCGCCAGUGGUGCAAGUGGCGAUUCUGAUAAAAUCAAGCAAGAGAGGGAUGUGCUGGCGAAGAAAUUGAACGAGAACUAUUGGCAACUGGACAAGUAUGUUCGCGCCAGGACCUAUUAUGACCGUACGGGAAUGAUCUCCCCCGAUGGCCAGAUCAACUUUUAUCCGCCGCCACCUGGAAAAGGCGAGAAUCAAAACCUGGCCCCAACCUCAGAGGCACCUGCAAUCGAAACCAACGAAGACGAUGUGGACUGAAGAUAGGUAUGUCCACCUGUCUCUCGGCCUGUUUCGUACUGUUUGCGGUAUGUGCCGCAGUGUCAAUAUUACAGGGAUCAAAGAGGGACUUUCGAGAGACUCGAACAAGACCUCCAGAUAUCAUCCCGAGGACAUCAAGACGCCGCUUGUGGGUGUUUAUCUCGGCACUCCGGACCACAGCCAAGGAACAGACAUCUCUGCCACAUCUCACAUAUAUGAGCCCGGCUGCACCUUAUUCUCUAACCUCGAUGUGCCUGCAGUGAUCUGCAAGACAAAUAGGAUGGCUGCUUUGGGGCAUUCCAUCUCCCAUAUAAUUCUUUUUGGAGAAGCAUGUCAAUAUGAUGUGGAAUAGUGCAGUCAAGAUUCCACAUAUCAAAGAAACAGAGAAUGAAUAUCGCUGUAGAUGUCUGAGAUGAAACCCUCAUGGCCAACCAUGAGCUUAUAUCAUGUCAACCAUCAAGAGCUUCGAUCUGGCUCGUACGUCUCCCUCCUAGUUCCACAUGUGUAGACCGG